GGCCAUCUUCCGAUGACUCGAUAAGCAAUGACAAGUGUCACAAGACUUAAGCUCUGAGCCUUAAAAUGUCUGAAUCUAGGCCCCAACAUCAGUCCCAGUAUCGAGGCUGGCUGUAUAAAUGGACCAACUAUUUGAGGGGGUACCAGAAACGAUGGUUUGUGCUUCAAAAUGGUCUACUUUCGUACUACAGAGCAUGGAGGCAUAGAUCACAGGCGGAAAUGGCACACACUUGUCGAGGAACAAUCAACUUGGCCAAUGCCUUCAUCCACACAGAGGAUUCUAACACUAUCGUCAUCUCCAAUGGAGGCACACAGACCUUCUAUCUCAAGGCUACCUCUGAGGUGGAGAGACAGAAGUGGGUCACAGCCCUGGAGCUGGCUAAAAAUGAUGCCCAUUCUGAACCAGACAGUGAUGAGGAAGAGGCUCCCGAGCCAGAUAAGAAUGAGUUACAGAACAUGCUUAAGACACUCUCCUCAAAACUAGAGGAUAUGAAUACCUGUAACGAUCUGAUCUCCAAGCAUGGCAGUGGUCUCCAGAGAGCUCUCACAGAACUAGAGACCCUCAACAAUACUGAUGAUGCGGGAAGCAAAUUGAAGGUUGUCAACGAGAGAGCAACUAUGUUUCGGAUAACAUCAAAUGCUAUGAUCAAUGCAUGUUCAGAAUACCUGGAAUCGGCACAAGGACAAGUAAAACGCCUGCAAAAGAUCGUACACUUCGAACAGGAGCAGAGAAUGAAAUUGGAAGAAAUGGUGGAACAAUUGGCUAAGGACCAGGUUUCACUGGAAACGCAGGCCAAGCGAUCCAUGCACUCUAAGGUCUCAGACAAUAAGGAGAUGGUUCCUGGGUCAGAUGAGGAAGAUUUCUUUGAUGCACUAGACUACCAGGCAAAUGAGUUCGAAGUAGCUUUACCGAACAAACAACCUUCACACAGAAGGACCAUCAGUGAUAUGAGUGUGGAUAGCCAGAUCAUACCGGACGACCGCAGUAGUGUGAGCAGUGAUAACGACGAAGACCGUGAUACGCAGGAGGCACGAGUUUACUCUCACAUCAACACGGACGGCGAUACAGUGAGUCAAGGUAAUUCAAAGGCGGUGGCAAAAAAAGCUCCUGAGCGUCAGUUGACAUCCGACUCCCAAGGGAGCCGAGGGUCUCGCCGACCUGUCAUUCCAUUGAAGCCAAACUAUAGUCUAAAUUUGUGGAGCAUCAUGAAGAAUUGCAUAGGAAAGGAACUCUCCAAAAUACCCAUGCCAGUAAAUUUUAAUGAACCGCUGUCGAUGCUUCAAAGAUUGACGGAAGAGUUUGAGUACUCCAGCAUUCUCGACAAGGCAGGUGCAUGCGAGGACUCGGCUGAACAACUAGUCCAUGUAGCGGCAUUCACAAUCUCUUCCUUCUCCACCACCAUAAAUCGUAGCACCAAACCAUUUAAUCCGCUUCUUGGUGAAACGUACGAAUGUGACCGCAUGGACGACCUCGGCUGGCGCACGCUUGCAGAACAGGUGAUGCAUCAUCCACCCACAGCUGCCCAGUACACAGAGGGCAAGGAAUGGAUACUGUGGCAAGAGUUUAGCAUGACCAGCAAGUUUAGGGGCAAAUACCUACAGAUCAUUCCGUUGGGAAUCGCACAUCUGAUGUUUAAGAAGUCUGGUAAUCAUUACACAUGGAGGAAGGUGACGACCACGGUCCAUAACAUUAUUGUCGGGAAACUCUGGGUUGAUCACCACGGAGAGAUGGACAUCACCAACCACAGAAACAAUGACAAAUGCCAUCUCAAGUAUUCAGCUUAUAGCUACUUCUCACGGGAGAAACCAAGAAAGGUGACAGGUGUUGUUACUGACGCGGGAGGAAAGGCUAAGUGGGUGUUGACUGGUACAUGGGACCGUAAGAUGGAGGGAGCCCAGGUCCUACACGUAGACGAUUCCAAUAAAGGCAAGCCCAUGUUUGAGACGGGGGCACCUUUCGUCAUCUGGGAACGGCGCCUCCUGCCACCUGGAUCUGAGAGAAUGUACCACUUCACGCGCCUGGCCAUAGAGUUAAAUGAGUUUGAAGAGGGUGUAGCACCCACAGACUGUCGUCGACGUCCAGAUCAAAGACUAAUGGAAGAUGGAAACUGGGACGAGGCAAAUAAGUGCAAGCUGAGAUUGGAGGAAAAACAGCGUGCAACGCGUAAACGGCGUGAAGCGGAGGCUGAAGAAGCUUUAAAGAAAGGGGAGGAACCAGAAGUACAUAAGCCUGUCUGGUUCGAGAAGAAAAAGGACGAAUCGACGGGAAGUAUGAUUCACACUUUCAACAACAGAUACUGGGAAUGUAAAGACAGACAGGACUGGAGCAUGUGUCCUGACAUCUACUGACCCCCACAAUGUGACCUCUGACCUCCCCAAGAGGUCAGGACAUGACCUCUACCUGAGGACAGGAUAGCACAUUACGCAUGGCUGUGCUCAACAGACAGCUGGUUUGUGAUAUGAAGAAGAAAUCAAUGAAGAGCAUACAAGCCACAAAGUUUGAAUUUGGCUGUGACUCUUAGCACCAGUUUGCCAAUAGGCGCGUUUAGGACGUCUCUGACAGACCAGGUUCGCUGACAUGGAUCGUACAAUGUGCAAUGAUAUCACUUCGAACAACAAUUAAUUUUUUUCAUGUUUAAUUCAAUCCACUGUUUCAUUUAGUUUCUAUCUGGCACAAGUCCCAACUGAACACCAUUUUGGUAUAAUCUGCUAUAUCUGGUAUCAUAAGCCAUAUUUUGUAUCAUACACCAUAAAUGGUCCCAUAUGCCGUAUUUGGUAUUGUAUGCCAUAUUUGGUAUCAUAUGCCAUAUUUGGUAUCAUAUGCCAUAUUUGGUCACAUGUACCAUCUGUGGUAUUCUGAACCAUUUUUGGUAUACCUGUGAUAUAUUUCAGAAAAAGGUAAGUGUACAUGUGUCAUAUGGAAAAGUUGUCAUGGUCACAUGACAAGUUAAAAAGGUUAAUAUAUUAUUAUGAUUACUUACAUAAAUGGAUUUACUUUUGGCCUGUCGAAGAUCUAUUCAUUUGCAUUUUGGCCGUGGACCAUAUGCAUUGAACCAUUUAAAACUAGCUGACAUACUUGAAUUCAAAACAGUUUGGGUGAUGUUUUUUCGACCUAGACUGGAUUGCUGGAUCAUGAUCACAUACCUAUGUGAAAGGAGAAAAAUGGUGAUCUUUUGAUUAUAUAACAAUCCUUGGCAGAUUCUGAAGGAAAUCAAUUGCGAAAUACUUCAUUGACAUGAUAUUGUGAUAUUUUAUAAACUAUGACCCAUAACCUGUGAUUGGUUUGACCUUUGACCUGGUAUGACAAUGUUGUUUGUGACCUUGAUGAGGAAGGCCGUGGAGGACUUGAUCACUCUGUGAUAAGAGGUUCAUUAUGAGAAUUACGUUAUUGAAUCCACCAUUUGAAACCCAUUUGUGUUGUUGAUGUGAUGUUGAUGGGGUCUGGCAUAUUUUAGUCCGAUCAUGAAAGACUUGGACAUCAAUUGCCAGAUCAUGUUGAAUGUGAUGAUGUAUAGCUUGAUAGUGGCCAAGGCGGCCUAUUGUAGCUUGAUUCAGCUGAAAUAUUCAUAGCCAGAUCUUGUCAUUCAGUAUUUGUAUCAUGAUGUUCAAUUUUUGACUUCCAGAUCCUACUUUUUUUCUUUUUUUUUUAAAAUUUUACCUCUGCUCUCAGCUAAUGACUGCUAAUUAUCAUUCAUUGUUUAUUUCUCACCUGCCAAAAGGACACAUGGGCUUAUACCAUGGUGCAACAUGCCUCGUUUGUCUGGUGUCAACUUUUUCCUUUAAAAAUGUUGAUUACCAAGAAGUCCAAAGACCUGAUAAUGGGCCUUUAUACAACAAGCUUGAAUGAAUGACUUUGACAAACUCAAGGUUUCGAGUUAGAUGUGUUUAAAUCUUUAAACAACUUCUUCUCGUUAACAAAAAUAGGCCCAAGGACAAGAUGUUUAGCAAGUAACAUGCUGGGAUGAAGAACAACCAAGUUUGUCUAAAUGAAAUACCUUGACCUACAUUCGAGGUCACAGGGGUAAAAUAUGCUUUGAUCUUUGGACAAGUUCUAGGGUCAUGAUAUUGGGCCAGAAGCAUGAUAAGAUGAAGAACUACCAAUUUUCUUUUUUUUUAGUUGUCUUACUAUAAGGGUCACAGGGGUUAGAGGUGUUAGAAUCUUGAACCGACUUCUUAAUAACAAAAAUCAAGAGGCCUAGCUAUAUAGGGUUGUAUUAAAUUAUGAUUAUUUAUAAUAUUUGGCCAUGCUGGACUGCCAUGAUAACCUUGACCUACUCUCAAGGUCACAGACUUGAAAUGUCUGUAAUUGUCAAUUGUUCUUUCUGAAUAAGCAAAAGAGCUAGGGCACAAUAUUAGGCCAGGAGUAUGCAGGAAUAAACGGAUACAAAAUCAGUUAAAUGAAUAAACUGUAUUUAAAUGAAGGUUGUAAUCAGCCUGGUGUUCACAUAGAUGACGUAGAUCAACUUUAAAGUUGCAUUAAGGGCAGGUGAGCAGUACAGUCCCAUUGGGCCAUUGGUGUUGCUAGUUCAUUCAGAGAUUAAUUUCUCAUAUUCAUUUGUGAUCAAAAUCAUUUUCCCCCGAUUGUAUUGACUUAAGCUUCGUCUAUGCAGUCAUUAAAAAUCUUUUGCACAUCGCUUAAAACUUCCAUUAAUAUUCAUUUUGAAAUAAUGUAAAUAUCGAUCCGCUUCUGCAAUGAAUGUAAAAGUAUGCUGUGUAUGUAUGUAUGUAUAUAUGUAUGUAUGUAUGUAUGCAUACCACUAGCUCGGCAUGUUACAUGUAAAAGAAGUCGAACACCCUUGUAUACUGUCAUCUUGAGUACUGUAAAUCACUUGAAUUUCGCGUGUGAUGUAUUUUCGCGUUACUGCGAGAGGAAAGUCAAUUGAGAUUCAAAUCCUUAGCGAUUAUUUGUACGAAAAUCACCUUUGGAUGAUGGAUGAUUGCCAAGCUAUCAGUUACUGAUAACACAGCCCAUAACUCUAAUAGCUCAUCUCUAGCAAAUUUAAAGUCAUUUCUACUUCAGUGGUCACGAAAUCGUGUACAUGUAUUCUCUAAUUUGUCUGUAAAGGAAUUAGCUCGUGAAAUAAAGUAUUCCGCGAAAUCUAAGUGAUUUACAGCAGUCUGUUACAGCAAGAUAAUAAACUUCCUUUAGAAAAAUACCGAAUAAGUAUUUCAAUAUCCUAAUCAUCAAACCUGUAUCGUCUUUACCACAUGGUGUUGGAUUAGACAGGCUCACUGUAAAAUUUGGAACACUGGCAAUUUUAAUAAUUAGAUUGAUCAAUCAAAAUCAUUUGGUAAAUAUACACGUAAUUUUAAUUUCUAUUGUCAUGAUUCAUAGGUUAUGUGAUUUUAUAGAAUGUCAAAUUGAAUUUGACAUUCUUGUAAAAAACAAAACUUUUUUAAGAAUCUGUUUGUCUAUUUGACUCCCUGUGUCAGAACAAGCCAACAAAAUAUUCCUCUAAAUCUGUGUCUGAUUAUAUUAAAGGACAUUCAGACUUUGCAAAAUGCUCCUUGUUUCCUUAUCAUAAGUGCACGGUAUUUGAGAUAGUUCGUUUUACACUCUUGACAUACUUCAAAAAUAUUUGAUAAAAAUUAAUCUGUUGGACAAGGGUAUGUCAGACUGUCACUGGAUUCUUACACACUAGUAUAGAACCAGAUUUGUUUUUCCUUCCACAUAAUUGAUGCAUAAUGAUAGUAAUCGUGACAAGGAAUGUAUUUAUAUACUAGUAGGUAUCUUAGCUUACCCUGUAGUUUGUAUGUGAAGUUGGCAUCCUGAAGCAUGAAUGUAAUUUUGAUGUCUAUAACUGUCUGGAGACACGUGCACUAGGAUCAUGGGACAAAUAUGAUUGAUGAUGAGGCUGUGUAAAGAAAUUCUUGGAUUUGAUGACGACCAUUUGAUAUUUGAUAAAUUCAAAGAGUAUCACAUGACAAAGAAAAUACAUUAUGUAGAUAUUUCAUGUACGGAAGCAAACCUAGAUAAUGUAAACAUGGUUAUUUUCGCGGAUGGUUAAUUUUGAGAAUUCGAUAUGUAAACUAUACAGGUGGUUGUAAUUUUCGCGAUCGAUCCACCUUCGUUUGUAGUUCGAGAUUAAGCAAAUUGAUAUCAAAAUAAUACAUGUGGGGGAAAUUUCAUGAUCAAUAGAACUCUGUGUAAUUAUCGUAAAUUUCCAUCUUGCGUAAAUUUCCACGUUUACAGUUCAAUUUAAGUAAAAUUGUAUCAUUUUAGUCUACAUGGUGUUAAGUACGAUGUUAUAUAAUUACAUUUUACUUGUGAAUUUGAAGUGUGUUAUACACAUACAAACUUUAUGGUGACACACUCAUCUGUUGAUGUCUAUGGACGAAACUAGCCUAUUUCAAAUGCAGUCAUGUCAGGAUGAGAUAUAACAAGUGAUAUGCUCCUAUAAAAAUUAUAUAUUGGUCAGUUAAUCCGACAUUUGUCCUAACAGGAAAAUAACAUUGUGUCGACCAUCAAAAUUUGUAAUGAAAUUUGGGUAUAAGGUAGUACAUCUGGGUAAAAAAGUGAAUUUCCUAUGUUCUAAUAGUGGAAAAUUAUAUUGUGUUGAUCAUCAAAAUUUUUAAUGCGAUUUGGGUAUAAGGUAGUACAUCUGAGAAAAAAAGUGAAUUAUGUGAUGUUCUAACAUGGGAAAAUAUUAUUGCGUUGAUCAUCAAAAUUUUUAAUGAAAUUUGGGUAUAAGAGAAUACAUCCGUCAUAUGGAGGGCUAUUCAAAUCUCUCUUCAUCUAUUGUCCGUUUUUGCAACUGCAAGCAAUCCUUAUCAAUAUUUAUUGAGAAGUAUUUGAAGGAUAUUUCUCAUACCUCUAUAUAGGUUCCCCUCGAUCUCUAUAGUUGUGCCCAUUAUUUCGAGUCUGAUCAUGAAAACAAAAUGGUCGAUAUGUAUGUGAGGUGGCCAUCUUAGAUGGCAUGCACCAAGAUCCCUCUGGGAUAUCCUGUUGCAGUAUGCGUUUUGAGUUUGACAUAAAGGACCCAAAAUCAAAAAUCCCAAAUGCCAAUUAAGAGAAAUCUAUCUUUGAAGUGCUAAGCUUUAAGUUUACUUUGAAUCUGGUUGAUGUUGACAAAAACCAGCAGGAAGUGUAUGCCGUUUAUUUAUUUAUUCCUGAACUGUUGUUUUCUAACAUUCAGACAAAAAACUUAUUGAUGCUUACCAUUUAAUACACUCUUAAGUCUGGCAUUUAAAUUCUUAAUGUUGUAAUUAGGAAAUAAAUAAUGAGGAAAUCCGAAUAUAUCUAUUAAUACAUUGUUUAUUUCAGACAAUGUGUAAUACUUCAAAGAUAGAUAACAGUCAAUGACAUUAGUAGAUUUGUCAUUUAGCUCAGACUAUUAACCCUUUCACCCCUACUGACCAUAAUGGACUUCAACUUAUGAAAGAAUGGCAGAGUCCACUAAAGUUGAAAGGGUUAAGUGAUAAUUUUAGGGUAUAUGACAGUAAUGAUAUCAUGAGAAGUAGCUAAGACACUAAGAACUCUAGUUGUAUAUUCUGUCGAUUGAUAUCACCAUAUUUAUGGUUAACCAACAGCCCUAAUGAAAUAAUUUGGUCUCGAAGAAGCAAGUUUGAAGGCAGAGAAAAGCAUUUCUGUAUGAUAUAUUGUGUCUAGUAUACAAUAUUAGAUUGUAUUGUUUGAAAUUUAUAGAGAAUAAAAAAUGACUUAAUCAUUGAUUUACAAUAGUUGUACUGUCAAUUCAUAAUAUUUCAACAGAAUGCUGUAAUAAGAUAAUAGGAGAUAUCAUAUUUAAUGACCUGCUGAAGUAACAAUAAAACAUUACUGGAUUUAUGAUCUCAACCAUUCAAGGGAAACUGCUUCUUGUCAUUUUUGUACCUCCUUCCAGGAGAGUUCCUCAUCAAUAAAUGAAGCAUGAAAAGUAUAACUGUCAGCAACUUUAAAGUUAUCAAUAUGAAGUUGACAUUUAAUUUGAAUGAUUUAAUAAUUACAAAUAUUUCUUCAAUGAUGCGUUUUCGCUUUUCGCUUCAGUGAUGAGUUUUUGUACCUCCUUCCAGGAGAGUUCCUCAUCAAUAAAUGAAGCAUGAAAAGAAUAACUGUAAUUAAAAAGUUAUCAAUAUGAAGUUGACAUUUAAUUUGAAUGAUUUGAUAAUUAUAAAUAUUUCUUCAGUGAUUAGUUUUCGCCGAGUUCAGUGUUAAGAUGACUGAUAAGGAUGUAAGUUAUUUUCAAUGUUUGAACAAAAAUGCCAAUAUUGUGUUGUGUACUGAUUUAGUAUAUUGUUAAUUAAGUUACCAUAACGACGUAUUUAUGCUUGAUGUGAAUAUGCAUCUGUGGCAAGGUCAUGACCUUAUUAUUACUGCAUUAUUUCUUAACUGAAUCAAAAUUGUAUAAUUAGGCCCCUGCAUAAUGAUAAUUUGUUACCAUGUACGGGGCUGUGAUGGCUGAGUUGUUAAGGUGUCCUGACACUUAAUCACUAACCCUCCACCUCUGGGUGGCGAGUUCGAAACCCAAGUGGGGCAGUUGCCUGGUACUGACCGUAGGCCGGUGGUAUUUCUCCAGGUACUUCAGCUUUCCUCCACCUCCAAAACCUGGUACAUCCUUAAAUGACCCUGGCACUUAAUAGGAUGGUUUAAUAUAAUAAACCCCAAAAAAACAUGUACUAAUCAGGUUGUCUGUCUGUCCAUUUUUUUGUUUCUGCAAAAUAUCAAAGUUCUAUUUGGUAGAUUACACGCAGACAUAAUCCUGGAGUCCAAAGGUCAAGGUCAAUAUUACUAUAAAUAAAAAAUUAGUUUAUGCGCCAUAUGUUGAGUUCCGCGGAUUUUAUCUAGUGUUUUCUCAGAUGUUUGUGAUAUAAAUGUUGAAGGUUUACUGUGAUCACCGAAAUAUCCAGGUGAAUAAUGCAGGCCCUGUGGGCCACUUACUAGACCUCUUUUAUGUAAUUUGCCACUAGCAGGUCACUUGAGAAUAUAUUCCACUUUUCUAAAUUCCUGACUCCAUAUUUAUAUAUAUACAGGUACGCAUGUAUGUUGUCUCAAUGUUACUAUGGAAGAUGUCAGAGAAGAAAUGUUUCCUUCAAAUCCAAUAUUCAUAAGCUUAUUCUUAAGAUUUAAAAAGUAAGGUGUUAUUUCCAUGUUAAAUUUUUUGACAUGUACAAAGUCAUAUGAUUGGUUGAAUUUUGGGGUCAUGACCUUGAAUGAUUGUAUGAAUUCAUGGUGCUUUGUGUAUGUGCGAGAAUAUGUGAGAUAUGUAUGUGUCGACUGAUGUUAUGUAUAUGUACACCCAAAACUGGCAAUAAAACACAGCUGAGGUGCCCUCGGUGAAAUUUCAAGUACAA